AUCCGCACUGUUCUGAUGGUGCUACCUGUGAUAUCCCCUCUGUUUCUUUAUGUGCUCGCCAUAUUGUGCUGCAUCGAUGCAGUUUCUUGCAGCCUUUCUUUCGUUGUUGCUUGUUCGAUUUGGUUCCUGAUUAUUGAAGUGCUUGCUCUAGCUAGAUAAGCUGUGAUCAAACCGAGGGUUUAGACGGCGAUCCUUAGCUCACUGGCCAGGCAGGAGAUGGAGCACGACGUGCACCACCACCAGCUGCUGCAGCAGCAGCAGACCAUGGAGCUCCCUCCGGGGUUCCGGUUCCACCCCACCGACGAGGAGCUCAUCACGCACUACCUCACCAGGAAGGCCGCCGACCCCCGCUUCGCCCCGCGCGCCGUCGGCGAGGCCGACCUCAACAAGUGCGAGCCAUGGGACCUGCCCGCUCGGGCGACGAUGGGGGAGAAGGAGUGGUACUUCUUCUGCGUCAAGGACCGCAAGUACCCGACGGGGCUGAGGACGAACCGGGCCACCGAGUCCGGCUACUGGAAGGCGACGGGCAAGGACCGGGAGAUCUUCAGGGGCAAAGCCCUCGUCGGCAUGAAGAAGACGCUCGUCUUCUACACGGGGAGGGCACCCAGGGGAGGCAAGACCGGCUGGGUCAUGCACGAGUACCGCCUCGACGGCAAGCACGCCGGCACCAGCAACAGGAGCAGCCUCAUCCCCUCGAUCAGAGCUGGCGCGUCAAAGGACGAGUGGGUGCUGUGCAGGGUGUUCAAGAAGAGCAUCGAGCCGCCGUUGGUGGCUGCUGGCGGCAAGAGGUCGUCGGGCCCAUGCGUGGAGGUGGCGGACGUCGUGGGGCCGUCGUCCAUGUCCAUGGCGGACGACCUCGCCGCGUGCGCGCUGCCUCCGCUGAUGGACGUGUCCGGUGGCAGCGGCGGCGGCGCCAUGUCGCUUUCUGCGGUGGCGGGUAUUGAGCUGCCGCCACCGGCACAACACGUGACCUGCUUCUCCAACGCGCUGCAGGGCCAGUUCCUGAACCCACCCUUCCUGCUCCCCUCCGCCGGCCCCGCGGCGGCCGCGGACCACCACCUCGCCAUGGCGUCCUCCGCCUCGCCGUUCCUGGCGAGCAUGAUGCAGGCGGCGCAGUACGACGGCGCCGCGGGCGUGGGCGGCAUGGUGCAUGAGCUCCUGCAGGAGGGCGGCGGGUGGUACAGCAAGCUGGGAGAGAGGGAGCGGCUGAGCGGUGGCGGCGGCGCGUCGCAGGACACCGGCCUCACCUCGGAGGUGAACCCCGGCGAGAUCUCGUCGCGGCAGCACAUGGAUCACGCAGCCUCCCUUUGGGGCUACUGAGCUCGAUCUCUUGAUGGAUCAUCAUUAAGAAUUGAAUUAGUAUUAGUUACUGGAUUGGGAACCGGGAUUAUUGUUGUAUUGUAGUGCAAUUGGAUGUUGUCAUGCAAAAGGGAAAGAAGUUGUGAGCAAUCAGCAAUGUAUAGUACUGUAGUCUACUAGAUCGAUUUGGUUUGGAGUUGCUACUGUAAUGGGAGUACUGUUGUGUGACAGCCGGAAAGGUCUAUUUUGGAACGCGGAAAUUCUAUGGUAACCUCGCAA